UGCCGCCUGUCUUUCAGGAGGGUCGAGGCCUGGGGGACCUGUUACUCACCCAAGCGGAUGCAUGGCGACUGUGGAUGACCUCAAAUUUCAAGAAUUUGACGAUGCAGCUAAUUUGCUUGCAGCAAAUCCUGACGCUACCACAAUAAGCAUCGACGAGCCAGCUGAAAUCCCCAAGAAUCAGCACGGCCGUCUGCAAGAGCCAGGGAGAGAAGAGGAUGAUGAAUUACUGGGGACUGAUGACUCCGAUAAAACAGAGCUGCUUGCAGGACAGAAGAAAAGUGCCCCUUUCUGGACAUUUGAGUACUACCAGACGUUCUUCGAUGUGGACACUUACCAGGUCCUGGACAGAAUCAAAGGUUCAGUUUUCCCAGUACCAGGGAAGAACUUUGUAAGGCUGUAUAUCCGCAGCAAUCCUGACCUUUAUGGUCCCUUUUGGAUAUGUGCCACGCUCGUCUUUACCAUUGCUGUUAGUGGCAAUCUCUCUAAUUUCUUCAUCCAUCUGGGCAAGCCAACAUACCACUAUGUGCCCGAGUUCAGAAAAGUGUCCAUAGCAGCAACAACGAUUUAUGCGUACGCUUGGCUUGUUCCCCUUGCUCUCUGGGGAUUCCUGGUGUGGAGGAACAGUAAAGUUAUGAACAUUGUGUCCUACUCCUUCCUGGAGAUCGUGUGUGUGUAUGGCUACUCCCUCUUCAUUUACAUUCCCACAGCGAUUUUAUGGAUCAUUCCGCAAAACAUGGUACGCUGGGUCCUGAUGAUGUUCUCCCUGUGCCUUUCGGGGUCUGUUUUGGUGAUGACCUGUUGGCCCGCUGUCCGAGAUGACAACCGGAGGAUUGCGCUGGCGACCGUGGGGACCAUUGUUCUGCUUCAUGCCCUGCUGGCUGUCGGCUGUUUGGCAUACUUUUUUGAUGCCCCUGAACUGGAUUUUCCUGCAUCUAUUAACCCUGAUCACAAUGGAACAACAGUAAUAAUAGAGAGCUGGUAAAUAAGAUUACAAUGGCCGUUUCUCCAUCUGUACAGUAAUUUUAUUUUAAAUUAUUUUUUCACUGA